AUGGUGGAUGUGUUCAGCGGGCGGCUCCUGGUCAGCAAGGACGGCCGCAGCGUGGACCCCGAGGAGGCCCUGCAGAACAAGGUCGUGGGCUUGUACUUCUCCGCCGGCUGGUGCUCCCCGUGCCGCGACUUCGCUCCCGUUCUCUGCGACUUUUACACGGAGCUGCUGGAGGAGACUCAGCCCCCC